GCGAUGUCCAAAAGGUCAUGGCACGAUGCCAACACAGUGAUUUCUUCUGCCGAAGAGGCGCCACUCACCAAUGGAAAUCUGGCCCAGAACCAACAGCAACAUCCACACUCCAAGAUGAACACGUCCUCGCCGUCGGCAGGUAGUAUCACGGUUGGCCGGCCUGCCAGUGUGCGGAGAGAUUCGGCCGAGACUCGGCCACCUCCUCACGCUCCGUCGGGUCCGUCUCAUCAGCCCCUGAUGCCACAGCAGGUCGAGAUCUCCCGGAAGGUCAAGGCCUGCGCCGCAUGCCGCAAGCAAAAGAUCCGAUGUCACAUGGACCAGGGGUCUCCACCUUGCCGAAGAUGCAAGGAGAGGAAUCUUUCAUGCGUCUUGAGCAAGAGCCUCCAGAUGCUCAUGGACGAACGUUCCCAGUGGCACCAAGACAUCAUCUCCGACCUCGAGACCCUGCACGCCAGCAUGCAGCACAUGCGUGACCACUCGGGGCUGCCACCUCUGCAACCGCUGCGCAGCUCCCUCGACCGCCCGGGCCCCGACAACCUGGGCAGCGCCUCCGUCGUGGCCGAGGCGCACGAGGAGGUUGGCCCAUCGACGGACAACUCGCCCAAGCUGAUGCCGCAGUCCGAGGAUGGCAUGCCCGACGUCCCGAUGCAGUCUGUGUACUACCUCACGAAACUGCGUGCCCUGAGGGCCUCCGAGGCCAUGCCCGACGAGAUGGAGCAGGCAGGGUCGCGGAGGCAGGGAUCCGGCCACCACGGCCAAAGCAACGGCGUUGGCGGCGGUGUAGACAUGAUGGCCAGCCACCACGGCAGCAACUCCACCUCGCAAGCCCCGAACGACUUCAUAUCCGAAGGCCAGGUCCAGGUCGCCGACGCACAGAAGCUUUUCCAGCUGUACAUAGAACGGCUAGACCACUUCGUCUACCGCAUCGGCCGCAAGUGGCGGACGCUCGACUCCCUGCGCCGGCAGAGCCCAGUCUUGACCGCCUGCAUUCUCACGGUGGCGGCCCUUCACGACUCCAGCAGCAACCAAAUCUACCCCGUGUGCAGCAACGAGUUCCGCAGGCUCGUCGCGGGGUCCGUUUUUGACAGACGCAUCGAUCGCGAGCACCUCCGGGCCCUCUGCAUCGCUUCGUACUGGCUCAGCGACGUGUCCUGGACCUUGUCUGGCAUUGCCAUCCGCCGGGCAACAGAGCUCAACCUAGUGGCCAACUACCACCGCGUUGUCAAGGCCGGCGGUGCUCAGGGGGUAUCCCGUUCAGUCUCGACACCGGUAGCGACGGGCCCGCCCGAGGCUAUCGAGGAAGCCGCAGACUGCAUGAGGAUAUGGUACAACCUGUACAUCUGCGACAAGCACUUGUCCAUCUUGUACGGCCGGCCAUCGCUGGUGCGGGAAGACUACGCAAUCCAGGGCUGGGAACAGUUCCUGGCAUCGCCUGCCGCGACCGACCACGACCGGCGCCUAAUCAGCCAAGUCGCGCUACACAUCAUCCUGACGGGCGUGCACGAGCUGUUUGGCCCGGACAGCGGCACUACCAUCCCACUUGUCCACUCGACACAGAUUGCGACAUUCAGCAAGCAGCUUGACCACUGGAUCGCCGUUUGGUCGGUAGAACUGAAGAAAAAUUUCGAGGCAGUUGGCGAGUUCCCAGUCAAGGGCGCCCUCAUCCACUACCACUUUGCCAAGCUGUACUUGUUCUCGCAUGUCUUCCGGGGCCUGUCUCCAGAGGAGGCUAUCCCGGCCGUAUUCCGCAGCGCCGCCACUGGCGCCGUUGCCGCCGCGACCACCAUCGUCGAGCUACUCCUGACGGACGCAGACAUACGGGCCGGCCUGCGCGGGAUGCCGUCGUACCUCCACGCCAUGACCGCGUUUGCGUGCGUCUUCCUGCUCAAGAUCGCAACCAAGCGCCGCACCGACGGCCUCGUCGAGGUCUCCCUUGUCAGCGAACUUGCCGGGAAGCUGGUGAAUCAGUUCCGAUCCGUUGGGGUUGGGAAAUGGCAUCUCGUUCACCUCAUGGCACAGGGGCUAGAGCAGGCGGCCGCUAGUCUCCUGCAAGGCGACCCUGGAGGAGGCGGCGGCGGCCUUGCCUCCCGCAGCGCCAACGGCUGCUCCAACGUGCCUGCUCAUCACGGCAUCUCUGGCCACAAUGGCCACGGCGCUGCUGCCGGGUCGCCAUAUGGCCUGCCACAUGAUGGCGCCGGAACGCCGGGCUUCAGUGAUCACAACUCGCUUGGUGGGCUGAACGGCGGAAUGGCCGAGACCCCGUUUUCUUUCAGCAACAACCUAAGCCCUGACUUUGUCUUUGGGGGGACGUCUUUCCUAGACUUCCACGGCGGCCAACUCGACUUCAACUACGACCAUCUCAACUUUCCGUGACAAUCCAUGCAGCACACAGCAGGUCUGCCGUUUUUGUCGUCAGACAUGUUCGUGUUUCAUUAAUCCAACCGCACACGCAUAACGGUCUGCAAACAGAUGCACGAACCACGGCUCGCCACCCGCCACGGUCAUGAUGGUACCCCCUCACUCCGAGCGAAAGCCUUGACCGUUUCUGCUAUAGACGCGUCGGGCGGCAGACAAAGCAAGGCCGCGCGGCUUGUGUCCAUACUGGAGGGCCAGCUGCACACAAUCUUCUCAAUGGCCGGAUCCCGCCCCUCCUUAACCAGCGCCCUCUUUUCCCUGCCACCGACCUCCCCCAGCGCGUCAAGCAUCUGGCUCACCUUUACGGUGAUGCCGGGCAGGUUAACGGUACGCCAAAGCCCAAACUUGGAGGCGGGAAUGUCCUUGAUGGCGAUCAGGUUCUUGACGACCGUCCCCGGCGAGCAAACCUACAUUUCCAGGUCGGGCGAGACGGGCAGCGUGCACGCCUGGCCUCGGAGCGGCUCGCGCACGAUGCCGCUGGCAAAAGGACGAGGCGGCGGCAGACGGGGCGCCGGGGCGGACGACGACGGUGGGCAGGCGCACGACGCGGCCGUCGAGCAGGCCGCGACGGGAGUAGUCGUUGAUCGGGGUCUCGACAAUCAGCUUCUCGGCGCCGUAGCUGCUCUAGGGCACGGGGCAGGUGGCCUCACUGACCACCUCGCCGGCGGCCGUGGGGCCGUACACGGCCAGGCUGGAGGGAAAGACGGCCACGGUGCCCGGGUGGUUCUUGCGUAGGAGUCGAGGACCUGGCGGUGGCUGUCGAGGUUGACGCGCAGGCCCAGCUCGAGGUUGGCCUCGGACCCGCCCGACAUGAGGCCGUGCAGGUUGUAGACGGCGCCGAACCUGUCUGCGAAGACGGACGCGACGGCCUCGGGGCUGGUAAGAUCCGAGGCGAGGCAGGUAAAGGUGACGUUGGCGCCCUGCGACCCGACCUUGGGCACGGGUGGUUGGGUGAGAUCGGUCAGGGUGAGGCUGACGUCGGGCUGCUGGGCCAGAACGGCGGCGAGCUCCGCGAUCAAAAUUGAUGGCAUGCUUUUCGGUUAUUGGAUAUAAGGGAAUUUAUGAAGGCAAAGAAAUUCGCACCUGGUGCAUUAAAAGAAGGAUUUUGUUUAUUUCUUGCGUUAAUGAGUUGGGCAUCACGGAGGAGAUGAAUGGAUAGCAAACGGAAAGCGGAAAGCACAAAAGUAGGACUCAAGGGACGGAUCAAAAGGAAUCGGACUGUAGACGGAUUAUCCCGGAUAUAAUAAAACCACCAUCAACUACA